CGCGCGCCGCUGCCGGCUCUGUUUCUCGUUCCCUCCACCGUUCACGUCCGCCAUGUCGGACCCCUUCGAGCAAAUCGCAAGACAACUACGCGACGCCGCCAGGGGAGGCCUUCCCGGUGGUGGGCGCGGGCGCGGGCCAGUGCUCGGGGGCAUGGGCGUGAUUGCAGCAGCCAUUGCGGCGGGUGUCGGUUUGAGCAUGUCUCUGUACAACGUGGACGGUGGUUUCCGCGCGAUCAAGUAUAGCAGAUUGGAGGGUGUGAAGAAUGAGGUCUACUCCGAGGGGACGCAUCUUAUGAUCCCCUGGUUCGAGACGCCCAUUACGUUCGACAUUCGCGCAAAGCCGCGGAGCAUCGCGAGUCUGACCGGCACGAAAGACUUGCAGAUGGUGAACAUCACUUGUCGUGUCCUGUCCCGCCCAUCCCCUUCCGCGCUCCCGACCAUCUACCGCGAGCUUGGUCAGGACUACGAUGAGCGCGUGCUCCCCUCGAUCGUGAACGAGGUCCUGAAGAGCGUCGUCGCACAGUUCAACGCGAGCCAGCUCAUCACCCAGCGUGAACAGGUCUCCCGCCUCAUCCGCGAUAACCUGACGCGCCGCGCGCUGCGCUUCAACCUCGUCCUCGACGACGUCUCCAUCACGCACGUCAACUUCUCCCCCGAGUUCACGCACGCGGUCGAGGCGAAGCAGGUCGCGCAGCAGACCGCGCUCCGCGCGGCGUUCCUUGUCGACCAAGCGAUUCAGGAGAAGCAGUCUAUCAUCGUCCGCGCCCAGGGAGAAGCGCGCUCAGCUGAGCUCCUCGGCGAUGCGAUGCGCCAGAACAAGGGCUUCCUCGAGCUCCGGCGCCUCGAGGCCGCGCGCGACAUCGCAAACCUGCUCGCGACGAGCGGGAACAAGGUCAUGCUCGACUCGGAGAGUCUGCUCUUGAAUGUUGCCGGGCACGACGCGCAGAACUUGUUGAAUGUGAAGAAGUAA